GUAAAUACGACGCCACAUGUUCACAAAAUUCAAUCUCUGUUUGUCUCCAGAGUCCAGAUAGAGUAGUGGUUUCAGUCGGAUAGAGAUAUAGCACUGAGUUAACUCAGCCACAGGACACGAGCUCAGCAAUGGCGGUAGUUUCCACCUCGCUCGGCGGCGCCGCCGCCUCCACCCAUUUGAACCAGUUCUCCGGCCUCCGGAAGUCGUUCCUCAAGCCCGACGGCUCGAACUCUAAUUCAACCCAGUCACUUUUGCAAGUUGUCGACUCGCAUCUCCGCCUCGCUUCACCGAGUAAAGGCUUCCGUGGCGUUGUCGCCAUGGCAGGCUCUGGAAAGUUCUUUGUUGGUGGAAAUUGGAAAUGUAAUGGGACUAAAGAGUUCAUAAGCAAGCUUGUUUCAGACUUGAACAGUGCAACAUUGGAAUCUGAUGUCGCGCCUCCAUUUGUUUACAUUGAUCAAGUGAAGAACUCGUUAUCCGAUCGGAUAGAGAUAGCUGCCCAAAAUUGUUGGACUGGAAAAGGUGGUGCUUUUACUGGAGAAAUUAGCGUGGAACAACUGAAGGAUCUUGGUUGCAAGUGGGUGGUUUUGGGACAUUCUGAGAGGAGACACAUAAUCGGGGAAGAUGACCAAUUCAUAGGUAAGAAGGCUGCAUAUGCCUUGAGCGAGGGAACAGGUAAAGUGGCCACGCCAGAGCAAGCUCAGGAAGUACAUGUGGCUGUUCGUGAUUGGUUGAGUAAGAACGUGUCAGCAGAAGUUGCUUCUAAAACACGUAUUAUCUACGGAGGUUCAGUCAAUGGCGGGAACUGUGCUGAGCUUGCCAAACAAGAAGAUAUUGAUGGCUUUCUUGUGGGUGGUGCAUCUCUUAAGGGCCCCGAAUUUUCCACCAUUAUCAACUCUGUGACUGCCAAGAAGGUGGCUGCUUGAUUUUUUUCAAUACAAGAAAAAUAAAAAGGCUCAGAGAUCGUAUUGUUGUACAAGUGUCUUUCGGCUAAAGUUAUGAGCCAUUUGGGUAUAACCUGAAUUGCUGUCAUGUAACAGGAUCACAUAGCUUCACCUGUUUAGUAAUGCAUAAAUUGGACCCUUAAAUUAUGGGAUCAUAUGAUGCCAUGUUAUAUAGGGCUUGUGUUGAGUCUUUUUUGAUGAUUUGUUUUGUUGUAUCUCAUAAAGUUAUGACCACCUGAACAUCUG